AUGAGCUUAGACCCACAACCUGCCAUAGCUUUGACUUUUAAGACUGUCACCAUGGCAACCAACACUCCUCCCAUCCUACUGAUCUCUCUACAGGUGGAUAUUGUUCCCAGCCAAGGAGAGAUCAGUGUUGGAGAAUCCAAAUUCUUCUUAUGUCAAGUGGCUGGGGAAGCCAAGGAUAAAGAUAUUUCCUGGUUUUCUCCCAAUGGAGAAAAGCUGACUCCAAAUCAGCAGCGGAUCUCAGUGGUACGGAAUGAUGAUUUUUCCUCCACACUUACCAUCUACAAUGCCAACAUUGAUGAUGCCGGCAUCUACAAGUGCGUUGUUUCGGGAGAAGAUGGCAGUGAAUCAGAGGCCACCGUCAAUGUGAAGAUCUUCCAGAAACUCAUGUUCAAGAAUGCACCAACUCCUCAGGAGUUCAGGGAGGGAGAAGAUGCUGUGAUUGUAUGUGAUGUGGUCAGCUCUCUGCCUCCCACUAUCAUUUGGAAGCAUAAAGGCCGAGAUGUCAUCCUGAAAAAAGACGUCAGAUUCAUAGUCCUGUCCAACAACUACCUGCAGAUCCGGGGAAUCAAGAAAUCAGAUGAGGGGACAUAUCGUUGUGAGGGCCGGAUCUUGGCCCGUGGAGAGAUCAACUUCAAGGAUAUCCAAGUCAUUGUAAAUGUGCCACCCACUGUCCAGGCCAGGCAGAGCACAGUGAAUGCAACAGCAAACCUUGGCCAGUCAGUCUCACUGAUGUGUGAGGCAAAAGGUUUUCCGGAACCCACUAUGAGUUGGACAAAAGAUGGAGAACAGAUUGAAAUAGAGGAAGAUGACAAGUAUGAUUUCAAUGAAGAUAGCUCUGAACUGACCAUCAACAGAGUGGACAAGAAUGAUGAAGCAGAGUAUGUCUGUAUUGCUGAGAACAAAGCGGGGGAGCAAGAUGCUUCCAUCCAACUGAAAGUCUUCGCAAAACCCAAAAUUAACUAUGUGGAGAACAAAACCGCCAUGGAGUUGGAGGAGCAAAUUACUCUUACGUGUGAGGCUUCAGGAGACCCUAUCCCCUCCAUCACCUGGAGAACUUCCACAAGAAACAUCAGCAAUGAAGAAAAGGCUUCGUGGACUCGACCAGAGAAGCAAGAGACUCUGGACGGGCAUAUUGUGGUAAGCAGCCAUGUUCGGGUGUCAUCGCUGACACUGAAGAGCAUUCAGUACACGGAUGCCGGGGAAUACAUCUGCACAGCCAGCAACACCAUUGGCCAGGAUUCCCAGGCUAUGUACCUUGAAGUACAAUAUGCCCCCAAGCUUCAGGGCCCUGUGGCUGUGUACACCUGGGAAGGGAACCAGGUCAACAUCACCUGUGAGGUGUUUGCCUAUCCCAGUGCCACCAUCUCCUGGUUCCGAGAUGGGCAAUUGUUGCCAAGCUCCAACUACAGCAAUAUCAAAAUAUACAACAGCCCUUCUGCUAGCUACUUAGAGGUCACCCCUGACUCUGAGAAUGACUUUGGAAACUACAAUUGCACUGCCGUGAAUCGUAUUGGUCAAGAGUCCUUAGAAUUCAUCCUUGUCCAAGCUGGUGAGUGUCACAUAAUCCCUCUUGUGUCUUGUUAUCUUGGCUUAUUUGUGAUCCUUUCCUCCUUCCCUUUGUUCUCUUGUUUGCUCCCAACAGCAAAUGUGGAAGGUAUCAUCACCAUCAUGGGCCUGAAGCCAGAGACAACUUAUUCUGUCCGACUGUCCGCCCUCAAUGGAAAGGGACUGGGGGAGAUCAGUGGGGUCUCAGAAUUCAAAACACAGCCAGUCCACACCCCUCCUUCACUGGUUCCUGCUAGUCCUUCCUUCCAUACUGCAUUGUCUGCCUCAGACACAACCUGGCCUUCUCCUGCCCUUCCAGCCACAGAACCAACUAAAGGGGAACCCAGUGCACCCAAACUGGAAGGGCAGAUGGGUGAAGAUGGAAAUUCUAUUAAAGUGAACUUGAUCAAACAGGAUGACGGAGGAUCCCCCAUCAGACACUAUCUGGUCAAGUACCGAGCAAAGCUGUCUUCAGAGUGGAAACCUGAGAUCAAACUCCCAUCGGGCAGUGACCAUGUCAUGCUCAAAGCCCUGGAAUGGAAUGCAGAGUAUGAGGUCUUCGUGGUGGCUGAGAACCAGCAGGGGAAAUCCAAGGCAGCCCAUUUUGUGUUUAGGACCUCUGCCCAGCCCACAGCUAUCCCAGCCAAUGGCAGCCCCACCACUAGCCUGGGAACCGGCGCCAUUGUGGGCAUCCUCAUUGUUAUCUUUGUCCUCCUCUUGGUGGCCGUGGAUAUCACCUGCUACUUCCUGAACAAGUGUGGUUUGCUCAUGUGCAUAGCGGUCAACCUGUGUGGAAAAGCUGGCCCAGGAGCCAAAGGGAAAGACAUGGAGGAAGGCAAAGCUGCAUUCUCGAAAGACGAGUCCAAGGAGCCCAUAGUAGAGGUACGGACAGAAGAGGAGCGGACCCCAAACCAUGAUGGAGGGAAACACACAGAACCAAAUGAGACCACACCAUUGACAGAGCCAGAGCUGCCAGCUGACACCACAGCCACUGUCGAGGACAUGCUGCCUUCUGUCACCACCGUCACCACUAACUCUGACACUAUCACCGAAACUUUUGCCACUGCUCAGAACAGCCCCACCAGUGAGACCACAACCCUGACUUCUAGCAUUGCCCCUCCGGCCACAGCCCUUCCGGAUUCAAAUUCCGUGCCCGCUGGCCAGGCCACCCCCUCUAAGGGCCCGGUAGUGCCCACCUCCUCCCCGCCACCCGCCUCGGCCCCCAAAGUUGCCCCCCUCGUUGACCUGAGCGAUACCCCGACCUCGACUCCUGCAGCUAGCAAUUUGUCUUCUAGUGUCAUGGCCACACAGGGGGCUGUCCUCAGCCCCAGCGCCCCCACCAAUGUGGUAGAGGCCUCCAAGACUCCUCCUGGGAACAAGCCAGUUCCUACUCCAACCCCUACCAAUUCCACUAGCCCCCCGGCUGCCGUUUCAGAGCCCCCCCAGGCCAAACAGGAGCCAGCCGUCACCAAAGGCCCGGACCCAGAGCCCGCUCCGCCCAGCACGGUGAAGAGCCCGACAGAGGCAGCCACGACCCUCACUAGCCCGAAGAGUGAGGCUGCCUCCGUCAACACUGCAAAACCCUCCCAGGGCGAGGACUUUAAAAUGGACGAAGGGACCUUCAAGACCCCAGAGAUUGAUCUUGCAAAGGAUGUUUUUGCAGCCCUGGGCUCUGCUGCUCCUGCCCCUGCAGCGAGUGGGCAAGCCCCUGAGCUUGCUUCUUCCCCUGCAGACAGCUCUGUGUCGCCUGCACCAACAAAGACCGAGAAAACCCCAGUAGAAGGAAAGUCUGCGCCCCAGGAGACAGAAACCCAGCCAGCUCCAGCAGAAGUCAAGACGGUCCCCAACGAAGCCACACAAACAAAUGGAAAUGAGAGCAAAGCGUGAUCAGUGAUGGGAAAUUCAAAAGCAAACAUCAGAUUAAAAGUGACAGAACCACCUCCCCGGAAUAUUUCUAGCAUCACACACAUACAUACCCACACACAAACACACAUACA